UCCUGAUGCAGCUGCUCCUGCUCCUGCUGGCCUUCUUCCUGCCCCUCGGGGCACAGGCAGAGGAGAUCAUCGGGGGCCAUGAGGCCAAGCGCUACUCUCGCCCUUACAUGGCCUUUCUUCAGAUCUCAAAUAAGGGGAAGGAGAACCAAAAAUGCAGUGGUUUCCUGAUAAGCAAGGACUUCGUGCUGACGGCCGCUCACUGUUGGGGAAGCUCCAUAAAUGUCACCCUGGGGGCCCUCAACAUCAAAAAGCAGGAGAAGAAGCGGCAGGACAUCCGUGUGAGAGGAGCUGCCUGCCCCCCAGAAUAUAAUUCUACGGACUACUCCAGUGACAUCAUGCUGCUGCAGCUAGCGACAAAAGCCAGGCUGACCGAAGCUGUGCAACCACUCAAGCUGCCCAUUGGCAAAGCCCAGGUGAAGCCAGGGAAUAACUGCAUUGUGGCCGGCUGGGGCCAGACUCACCUGGAGGGAAAAGUAUCAGACACACUGCAGGAGGUGAUGCUGACCGUGCAGGAGGAUGGGGUGUGCAAAUCACACUUCCAACACAAGUUCUACAAGGCCAUCGAGAUUUGUGUGGGGGACCCAAAGAUAAAUAAGCAUCCCUUUAAGGGGGACUCUGGAGGCCCUCUCGUGUGUGACAAUGUGGCCCAGGGCAUCGUCUCCCAUUUAUACCCCUAUCGGAUGCCUCCAUGUGUCUUCACAAGGAUCUCGAGUUUCCUACCCUGGAUAAAGAAAACCAUGAAAAAGCGCCAACUGCGGAAAGCAGACUCAGCCCCCUGUAAGACUAAUCAAGUUCUCUGGACCUGAGCCCACAUUCACACUGCGGGAGGGAGGUGCCAGCAGCUGAAUAAAUGUGCCCUAGCUAAAUGGGAUGGCUGGUUUGUCAUUUAUUGAUUGACCUCAUUCACAGGCACCAGCUCUUUGUAGGCU